CUCCUCCAUGGUUCGGAUUUGAUUAUCUUCUCUGUUUUUGAUCUACACGAAGCGGCAAGAGCAGAGCAGAAGAAGGAUGGUGAGAGUGGCGACGUACUUCGGGAUGUCAUUGGGCGCCUUUAUUUUCUGGCAAUCUAUGGACAAAGUCCACGUCUGGAUCGCCCUUCAUCAGGACGAAAAGAAGGAAAGAAUGGAGAAGGAAGCGGAGAUUAAGAGAGUCAGGGAAGAGCUGCUCAGACAAGCGAGAGAGAAGGAUUCACUUGCCUAAUCUUUCAUGUCUUGGUUGCGGGUGCCUUCUCUUUUGAACUUACUAUUGUUUGGUGUUUUAGCUUUUCCCCUGAAUUGUUGACGAAAACAUGAAAUAAAAUUGUUUCGAGCUGAUAACAAACAAUGUCUUGGACAAAUUGUUGUUUCCUUCUGUUUUAUGAAAUGCAAUUUAGCAUCUUUUGGAAGCUGAUGGAAUUUGUUGUUAAUUUUGUUUGUAUCUUGUGCAUGCAUCUCUAUUGACAUUGAGUUUGUUUUGUCUGAUCAAGACAAUAGUUUAGCUGCCAAGAUCAGGGCAAUGGUCUGGUAUCCGUAAUCAACCUGAAUCUGCCCU